AUGACCGCGAUGGGGCGGUGGCACGUGGUGCUGAUUGCGCUGGCGCUGAUUACCAGCGCGGGCGCUGGCGCCGCCGCCGAGCAGAUGCAAUCUCGUGCUGUGGAUACCGGUGUAGAUCUUCGGGUGCCGGAAUCUCAGCCUAUAGGGACAAUUGUUGGUAAAAUUCCAACGAAACCCGGUUUCACCUAUCGGUUCAAUGAGUCGCCCAAGGAAUUUAUUCUCGAUCCAGUGUCAGGAGAAAUUAAAACGAACAUAGUACUCGAUCGCGAAAGCGUAGAUCGCUAUGCGUUUGUUGUACUAUCUAGCCAACCCACAUAUCCUAUUGAAGUGCGAAUUAGGGUUACGGACGUCAAUGACAACUACCCUGAAUUCCCCGAACCUAGCAUUGCGGUCGCGUUUUCAGAAAGCGCUUCACCUGGUACAAAACUUCUGCUCGAUGCAGCUACUGACAAAGAUUUAGGCGAAAAUGGAAUAACUAACGAUUAUAGAAUAGUUGAUGGUGAUAAUGAAGGCAAAUUUCGAUUAAACGUAACCGUAAAUCCGAGUGGCCAAACAUCAUAUCUCCAUUUAGAAACUACAGGAAAACUAGAUAGAGAAACAAACGAUUUUUAUGUUCUAAAUAUAUCUGCGCGUGAUGGUGGUAACCCGCCUAAAUAUGGAUACUUACAAGUUAAUGUUACAAUUUUGGAUGUAAAUGAUAAUCCGCCUAUUUUCGAUCAAAGUGAUUUUUCUGUGUCGUUGAAUGAAAGUGUACUACCUGGGACUACAGUGUUAAAAGUUACUGCGACUGAUAGUGAUCUCGGUGAUAACAGUAAAAUAACAUACGAAGUGACUGACACCGAGAAACAAUUUGCCGUGGAUCCAGAAUCUGGGGUAAUAACAACUAUUAAAAAAUUAAGCUGUCCUCAAUACUGUAGCAAUACAACCUGCAAUAUGACAUGUGUUUUGACAGUAAUUGCUAAAGAUCAUGGCGUGCCUCGUCAAGAUGCCCGGUCAUAUGUAACUGUCAAUCUUAUAGAUGCCAAUGACCAUGAUCCGGUUAUAACGUUUACCUAUGUACCAUCAACUGCGAGUUUUGCUACGGUAGAUGAGAAUGCAAAAAAUGGAUCCCUUGUUGCAGCAAUAACAGUAACAGAUGCAGAUGCUGGCUUGAAUGGUAUAACAAGCGUCAGUAUCAUAUCAGGGAAUGAAUUAAACCACUUUCGCUUAGAAAAUUCGAGUAGCGUUUAUAUUGUACACGUGAACGGUGUAUUAGAUAGGGAAGAGAUAAGUAAAUAUAAUUUAACUGUGGUAGCAACUGAUAAAGGCAUCCCGCCUCGGACAGCUACAGCAUUUUUGGUUAUUCAUGUGAAUGAUGUGAACGAUCAUGAACCGGUAUUUGAAAAAUCUGAAUACUCAACUGUUUUAAGUGAGCUUGCUCCUCCUGGUACGUAUGUCGCAGGUAUUACUGCAACCGACGAAGAUACAGGAGUGAAUGCAGAAAUAUUUUACGAUUUUUAUGACGGAAAUCAACAACAAUGGUUUUUCAUAGAUCAUUUAACAGGACUGGUAACAACAAAAUCUCUUUUGGAUCGUGAAAUACAGGGAUCAGUCGAACUUAAUGUGUCUGCUCGUGACGGUGGACCUAAUCCUAAAUGGGCGUAUACCAGAUUGAAAGUUACAAUUUUAGAUGAAAACGACGAAGCCCCUUCAUUCCCGCAAACGCAAAUAAAUGCCUCUUUGUCCGAAAAUAUAAGCCCGGUUAAAGAGAUACUGAUUUUAACCGCUUCGGACUACGAUCAAGGAACUAAUGGAUCUGUAUCUUAUUAUUUGCCUCCUAGUACAGAGAGAAAAUAUCCCAAUACAUUUAUACUUGACCCAGUAACGGGCCAGUUAAGUACGAUUGUUGAGUUAGAUAGAGAAAAGACAUCUACUUAUGAAAUACUAGUUCUUGCUAAAGACCAAGGUUUUCCUCCUCAGUCGUCAACGGCGACGAUUCUCUUACAGGUUGUUGAUGUAAAUGAUAACGAUCCUAUUUUCUAUCCACAAAGAUACGUCACCAGUAUAGCGGAAGAUAUGCCCGUUGGAUCAAAAGUAAUACAAAUAAAAGCAUUUGAUGAUGAUGAAGGUGACAAUGCAAAAAUCACAUAUACUCUAGAAAGUGGGGGUGACGGUUAUUUUGAUGUCGAUCCGUCAACCGGAGACAUCAUAUUGCAAAAAGAUUUUAGAAAAGCUAUGAGAACAUUUUAUUCGCUGCGCGUGUCCUGUAAAGAUAAUGGCAAUAGGAGAUCCGUUGAAGAUGCCGAUAUUGAAAUUAUAAAGAAAUCACAAAUGAAAAGUUUAGAUUUUGAAAACUACAAUGGAUAUACUUUUAAAAUAGUCGAAAAUGAAGGAAUAUCGAAGAGUAAGGUUAGUCGUUUUGUAGGAAAAGUAGGUACUAGAAAAACAAAUGACAAAGUUACUUAUUACAUUAUGGAAGGAGAUCAAAGACGAGUUUUUAAAAUUGACGAACAUGCCGGUAUAAUAAGUACUGAAUCUACAAUCGACAGAGAAGAAAAAGUAAAUUAUCAUCUCAAAGUCAUGGCAAAGAGUGGCUUAGCAUAUGGAUUUACCACUGUUAAUAUCUCAGUGUUGGAUAUUAAUGAUAAUUAUCCAGUGUUCAUAGAAGGCAGAGAUGAAAUACAUAUUGCUGAAAAUAUGGCGGUGGGACAAGAAGUUUAUUUUGCACGGGCUAUAGACCGGGACUCUGGAUCUAAUAGAACAAUAUCUUAUACUUUAAGUUACAAUUCAGAUAAUAGUUUUCGAAUAUCAGAAACUACGGGUGUGAUUUAUCUCAAUAAGGUAAUAACUAGCGAACCUAGUACUACAUUGUCUAUAGAAGUGACUGCCACUGAUCAUGGAAAGCCAGCAUUAGCUACUAAAUAUGGCAUAACAGCAAUCAUUGAUGACGUUAAUGAUCACACUCCAGUUUUUGAUCACACAUCUUACGAAACAUCAUUGUUUGAAUCUACUUUAGUAAACACUCGAUUUUUCGCAAUUUCCGCGUCUGAUGCCGAUUUGGGUUCUAAUGGUCAAAUAUCCUAUAGUAUUACAGAAGGUAAUACAGAAGGAAAAUUCGGAGUCUUUCCAGAUGGAUACCUUUAUGUAAAGAGUCUUUUGGAUAGAGAAGAAAAAGAUUACUAUUCGCUAACAAUAGUUGCAUAUGAUCAUGGAACACCACCUCGAUCGUCACAAGUACCUGUAGUAAUUCAUGUUUUGGACGAAAAUGAUAAUAGCCCACAAUUUACCAAUACAACGUUUAUUUUUAAGUUAAAAGAAAAUGAACCCCCAGAUACAUUUGUGGGAAAGUUGACUGCUAUCGAUAAAGAUAUAGGACGAAAUGCAGAGUUAACAUUUAGCCUUCCUUUUAUUCAGAAUGACUUUAGAAUAGACUCACGAAAUGGUUUUAUUAAAACGUUACGCUCGUUUGACCGAGAAAGCUUAGCGCAGUCAACUGGACAGAACUACAUAACCUUGACAGUAACUGUAAGUGAUAAUGGAAGAAUUAAGCUAUCUGAUUCUGUAAGGGUGACAAUAUACAUUACUGACGUAAAUGACAACGCUCCAACUUUUACACGAACCCCUUAUGGAGUUGAUAUAUCUGAGGGAGCAAGCGUAGGAGCGUCCGUUACGCGAAUAUUUGCAUCAGAUGCUGAUGAGGGUCUAAACGGUGAUAUCUACUACAAGUUGAUUGGAGGAGACGACUUAAAGAAAUUCGUGCUUGACGAAGGAACAGGCCAAUUAUUUAUAAAUAAACCUCUUGAUCGUGAAACAACAGACCACUACAAACUUAUAGUCAUGGCGCACGAUUCCGGUCAAUCUAUUCGCCUUUCAACUACGACGACUAUCACAGUUGACGUCUUAGAUGAAAACGACAAUGCACCAGUAUUUAGUCAGACGCAAAUGAAAGUGUUUGUAUUAGAAACAGAGCCUGUAAACAAAAAAAUAAUACAAUUUCAUGCAAAUGAUGCUGAUUUAGGUAUAAAUAAUGAAUUGCAAUAUUCUAUAUCAUCUGGUAAUAGAAAAGAAACAUUUUUCAUCGAUAGUUAUUCCGGGGAGCUAUUUUUACAUAAACAUUUAGAUUAUGAGGAUUUGACAUCAUAUGUAUUGAAUAUCAGUGUUACUGAUAACGGAAAUCCCAGUUUGUCCUCCAGUAUACCCUUUAUUGUAAAUGUAAUUGAUGCUAAUGAUAAUGCACCUAUAUUUACUAACACUGCUAUAGUACGGCAGAUAAGGGAAGGAAUUCCGAAACAUACUCCCAUAGUCACAGUAACGGCUGAGGACCCCGAUUCUGGUUUAAAUGGUAAAGUCUGGUACUCAAUAAUUCAUCAAGAACCUCACAACGGACGCCGCCACUUUGCCAUUAACAAUGUAACAGGUGUUAUACAUACAUUACUGCCCAUAGACAGAGAAAGUAUUGACACAUUUAGAAUAACAGUGGCUGCGUAUGAUAGGGCGGAGCCACCCUCAGCGAGACUUUCUGCUGAGAAACUGGUAACAGUCAUUGUUGAAGAUAUUAACGAUAAUGCCCCUGUUUUUGUAUCUAUGAACGCUGCCGUUGUAAAUUCAGAACGUUUGGGCAGGAGUGCGGGGCGAGGAAUAUACAUCAUGAACGUUCUUGCUCGAGAUUUAGACUCGGGAACUAAUGGUCUCGUCACAUAUAAAUUAAUUCACGGGGGGCAAUGA